AUGGGCAACAAACAACAAGGUAAAAAGAUGAACCCUUCUUCUUCUUCUACCCCUAAAACCAACAACGUAUUCAGCCAAUCCGGAUGUGAUCAACAAACAGCCGAUGAUGAUCUAGUCACAUUACAAACGAAUGGAGUUGUAACGAAUGCUUCAGGAGGUUAUAAAUUCUAUCAUUCAAAGCGUCAUGGAGAGUAUUGUUCUCGGAGUGUCGUGUUGGAGAGUAUCGUACCCAAAGAAAUUCCUUUUGGUUUAUCUCCGUUAGGAUCAAAAUUGUUUUUCCAAAAUGAACAUAAUUUAGAAUUUAAUGAGAUAUGUGUUGUCGAAGCAAGAAAACAAAACAAGUUACCAAAAAAUAGUGGAAUUUACAAGGCUGCUCUCAUGGAAAAUGAUCUUGUUGUUUUGACCUAUGGUGGCACUGUCCACAUUUUUCGUCCUUCCGAGAAUUUGUGGCUUGAUGUUGAUGUAGAGAAUAAUUUUAUUUUCGAUAUGGAAGUGUCUGAAGUGAAUGUAUUUUGUAUAACAGAAAAUGGAAUGUAUGCAUUUUCUACUUAUAAUAGUUGGGGACAGACGGGAACUGGUUCCACUCAGUCUCAUCAACUGUCUUCAAAUAAUGUAGUGACCACUCAAAAAGUUACUACUUCAGAAGGAGUUGUUUUUGGUAGUGCGUAUUCAGGUUAUGGUCACACUUAUUUUGUGACACUUCCAGAUCGUAGAUUGUUCGCAGCAGGUAAUACUGGAUUGGCACAAAUGGGUCGAACUGAAUGCACGGAUAGAGAUUUUACCAUACCUGUAGAGUUGAAUGAUUUUAAGGGGAAGUCUGUAACGAUAAUUGCCUCAGGCUAUGCCUAUUGUUUGUUACUGUUAACUGACAAUAGCGGACAUGUAUUUGGAUCCAACGAUUACAUGCAAUUGGGAUAUGACGCACCAGCCAAAAUCUUUUCACCUUUACCUCUUAAAAUUCCUUCACAGGCCCCCAUUAAGGGAUUGAGCGCAGGACAGUGGGUGUCUCUAGCACUUACUGAAGCAAAUGAAGUGUUUGUGACAGGAAAGGUAGCUUCAGAUAUUCAGUACUCGGGUUGGACAAAAAUUGAUUUACAGGCCCAUGGUAUUCCUAGUAACUCCUUAUUUGAUGCUUAUGUCAUCCAGAACAUUGUUUAUUUAUUAUCAGAAGAUGCAUUUACCGUUAUGGGAUCCCGUUCGGUCACUCAUGAACUAUCUUCAUUCAAAUUUAAUGUUGAUAUGGAAUAUAGGAAAGAUGUAAAGUAUCGAGUAUAUCCAAAGAGUCGAAAUUGUACUUCCAAUUUCUUCUUAUUUUUCUAUGUAGAUUUGGAUACAACCAUUUCUCAUCACUUUAUUUUCAAAUUUAACGAAAAGGACGAUUUAUGUGAUGUGUUAAUUGUAGCUAAGGAUAGUUCAUUAAUUGAUGAUGAUGGAGACAAAUCUAUUCUAGAUAUUGAACACAAACUCGCGUCAGAUCUACUGAAAGAAUGA